AUGGACCCCAACGCUUCCGGCUUUCCAAUGCAGCACAAUCCGGGUUACCCUGUCCCUACGCAGGGCAAUCCGCAGCAGUUUCCAUACUAUCCGAACCAUCCCUCCUUUCCUCAGUCAAAUGCUCCGUCUCAACCCUCGUUCGGUGCUGUACCACUGCAACCUAGUGGAGCUAUGAUGCCGCCAAAUUUUCCCCAGCAAUCUCCAGGACCCCAAGCGAAUUUCUCUGCCCCAUUCACCCAGCCUCCCGUAACCGCCGCUUUUUCCCAGCCAACAUCCUCGACUGCGAACAUCCCGGCGACGCAAGCACAGUCCUUCGCGCAAAAUAUGUCCUCAGGUAUGGCGAAGAGUAUGGCUCCUGCUCAACAACCGGUCACAGCUCAACAAGGCCCGCCGCAAAGCACUGCCCCGGCAGUUCAAUCACCGGCAGCGGUCGCGCGUGACAAAGAACGCGUUUCUGUUCUUCUGGAAAUCAACUCUAUGCUUCUGCAGGAGGCGAUAAACCUUCAAACAUCAGGCAAGGCGGGUGGCCCACCCGCCCAGCAGGCCUCGCAGGAUUCGAACCCGUCGCCGACAUCAGAAUCGACUCCUGACAAGAAUGUCCAACGGAGUCCCGAAUAUGUUAAUUGUAUGCGGCGCUUGCAGGUCAAUCUCGCAUACCUGGCCACGGUGGCAGAUAAGGGAAAAAAGUCUGGGGGAGUGGUUCCUCCCACACCUGCUAUUAUGACACCACCUCCGAACCUACCAGCUAUCAAUGACCUCUACACCAAACUCAACGAAUUGUUCCCGCGAGGCGCGCAAGGGGCCGCGAAUAUUAAUCAGGGAUCCCAAGGAAAUGGGGGACCUGCGGGCUUGUCGCCCACUACUGAACACGGCGUGUGA